GUAUUGGUAACCACCUCGAGUAAAAAAAAAAAAAACCGCUAAAGCUCUAUCUCGCUGGUGACAAUGGAAAACCCCGCCGGAACAUUCCCGGGUUCCGGCGACUUAUCUCGCAAAGUCGUAGCAGUUGCCGCCGGAGAAGCUCAUACUCUCGCUCUCUCUGGGGAUGGGUGCGUGUAUUCAUGGGGAAGAGGAAUGUUUGGGAGACUCGGGACCGGUUCAGAAUCCGACGGGCAUUUCCCGGUUCGUGUCAAGUUCCAAAACUCAGAGCUUAAGUUUAUAGCUGUCGCUGCUGGCGCUUAUCACAGUCUUGCUCUUGCAGAUGAUGGAUCAGUUUGGUCCUGGGGUUAUAACAUCUAUGGCCAACUUGGUGUAAAUGGGGAGAAUUCUUCGGCACCUCAGCUGUUGGAGCGUUUCCUUGAGUUGGGUUCCCCUGAUCAAUCAAAAGAUGAGUUAGACAUAAAUACUAAAGCACCAUGGAAGAUUUGUGCAGUCAAAGCUGGAGGAAUGACUUCUCUGGCAAUUGAUAAUCUUGGGGCCCUGUGGAUGUGGGGCCUUUGUCCUCAGGAAAACAGCAGUGGUGAUGGAGGCUUGACGUUUGCGAGUAGUUUUUCUCCAAUUCCUGUUUGGGAUUUCCAUGGCCAUACCGUUGUUAAGGUCGCAUGUGGAAACGAGCAUGUUGUAGCCCUAGUCAGUGCUGGAGAAACAUAUAAAGGUGAUGAUCUUGUAUGCUACUCUUGGGGUGGUAAUGGCCAUGGCCAGUUAGGCCUAGGAGACAGAGAGAGCAGAGUCCAUCCUGAAAUUGUUGAAACAUUUAACCAGGACAUCCCAUGGACAGUUUAUGAGGUAGCAUGUGGUGCCUUCCACACUGCUUUGCUUACUCACAGAAAAAGACCUAGUGAAACACUUGAGAGUAUGUGUUGGACAUUUGGCCUUGGGGAAAACGGGCAACUUGGGCAUGGAACCACUCAAAGUAAAUUAGUUCCUGAACCUGUGAAAGAGUUACCACAGCCCGUAUAUCUUGUUUCUGUUGACUGUGGCUUGUUUCACACUAGUGUUGUUUCAUCAGCCGAAGAUGUGUGGUCAUGGGGAAUGGAAAAGGGUCUAGGGCUAUGUCCAGAUGCUAGUUUUACUGGAACAGAUGCAGGAGAUGCCAUUUCUCCCCGACGGAUAUCGGGUGAUGGAAUGCGCGGGCCUAAAUUUCAUGAUCCAGUUCAAAUUUCUUGUGGGGCUGCCCAUACUGUUGUUGUGGCACAUGAUGGAUAUAAGCUAUGGUCCUGGGGCAGGGGAAGGAGUGGAGUUCUCGGCAAUGGUAAAACAAUGGAUUGUUUCACCCCCUCAAUGGUGUUAUGGCCUCCACUGAAUGAGGAUUUCAAGCAAGAAGAGCUGAACAGUACUGUUGGUGAGGAAGAUAAGAUUGUAGAUCAUAAGAAUUCUGACGCAGGGUCGGAAAUGGAUAAGAAGUUAUCUUUGGCCACGGAAGAGAUGAAGCUGCUCCAAUCAAAACUUUCCAUCAUGGAAAGAUAUGCAAGCAUACUUCACAGUUCGAUCUUUGGUAAACCUUUUGAAGAGCAAGAUAUCCCAAUCUCAUUGCAGAACUCUGGUACUUUUGACAUUGCUAGGGAAUGGGAGAACAUGCUGGAGUCAUCAGACCGUAGCAAGCUUGUCAGGUUGGAAUUGUUCUAUCGAAACAUGCUCGCUGGUGUUAAGGAUAAGAUGAUGAAGAAAAGGAUCCAGGAGUUAAUAAAGGAGUAUCUUCCUUCUUCAACGCAAGAGAAAUAGUGUUGAUUGUUACAUGGCUGCAUUGAACACCAUGCUUUUUGGUUCAAAUAGAGAACUUUUACAGUCCACAAGUUGGUUAAAUUAGCUUGAUAUUAUACCAUACAAAGGAUUAUAUUUACUGUUGUUAUCAAUUACUGUGUAGUUUCUGGCCAUAAAAAAUCAUGUACUGUUUUUAGGCAUGAUAAUGUGUGCAUUUCUUUCAAUAAAAUCGUGUAUUGUCAAGGACAUGGCUGUUAUUGCAAAA